CAAGUCAGAGCACGGGACGGCACCGUUACCUGCAUGUAUGCACGCUGCAUUCACAUUCGUCCCGGCCAAACCAUCCAACCGCCAUCCCGACUCGUGCUGUUUACGCGAUACCGCCACCAUCUGUGCAAAGGCAAGGGCUUGACUCAGCAAACAAAGGCAAAGAGAAGUGAUGACAGCUGAUACAUGUGCAGAAACGGGCACUUGGACAUUCGAAUACUCCAGCGCGUAAGCAAUCAAGCCUAGCUGCCGCGAGCAGCAUCAAAGUGGGCUCAAACGAGAUGAAUCGCGCUCUGGGAGAGCAAGCGGCACGGAGCGUUCAGGAUGCUAGUCAAGCCUGCCUCCGGCGCACAGUGGGGACCAUCUCGCCCAUACAGACGAGAGCAUUCUCGAGCGGGUCUGUGUCAAAGAAGCAAUGCAAGGCUUUGUGUGCUGGCAUAAGCCUCGCUUUUCUAGGUGGCGCUUUGGCUUCACAGACCGCCCCUCAUGUGGAACUUGCUGGAAAGCGGCUGUUCGGUACCUCAUCAAGCAUCUUUGCAGACGAGAUCAAGUCGGCCAGCUCGAGCAUACUUCGCCAAGCUUCUCCAGCUGCUGCACGAAGACCUCAAACUCACUUGGUCUUCCUCACGCUCGAUCAGGCUGAGAGGGAUGCAUGGCAGCAGUGGAUCGCAUACUUUCGAAAUGAAGGUUUCGACUGCCUACUGAUCAAUGCGGCUGUCGAAGGCGGCGAAGCAGAUCACAGCCGCUUGGGAGAUGCCCAUUGUGCUGGUCCAGGAUCAAAGGGGCGCACAGGUUGCAUUCGAGCACUUGUCGAGCGACCCCAGAGCCUCAGGUUUGAUGAUCUUCCUCUUCGACAAGAGUGGGCAAGAAUCGUCCCUGAGAAGCAUUUCAGACAGAGCGAAAGAGGUCAAGCUGCCGUCAAAGCUAAGGUGGACUCUUCUCAGUGCCAGCGAGGCUGAUGCCAUCAAGAAGGCAGAGAAGUGGAUCAGAGAUCAAGGGUUCUCGUAGAGCAAAUUAUGGGGCUCGAAGGCGCGCCUCAGAGAGUUCUACAAUUUGAGCUUUGCCGACUGAAUGUAUGGUAUUGUAUCUAGCAGCGGCAUCACGUACAGGGCAACAGAGUCAAUGAAGGGCUACUUGAAGUCUCCCCAGAUGUCUGAGAAUGCAUCCUUCUUUUGUGCCGUAGCUCCGCC